AUGGACGAGGAAUCGCCAGAUGGGCUGCUCUUCAAAGACCAUGACUUCUCCUCUGACUUGUUGAGGCAGCUCAAUGGCUUGAGGCAAAGCAGGAUCCUGACUGACGUGAGCAUCUGCACGGGGGCCUGGGAGAUCCCCUGCCACCGCAGCGUGCUGGCCUCCAGCAGCCCCUACUUCCGGGCCAUGUUCUGCAGCAACUUCCGGGAGAGCAGCGAGCCCAAAGUCCAGCUGAAAGGCCUCGACUCCGCAACUGUGGAGCGGAUCAUCCUGUAUGUGUACACGGGCGAGGCACACAUCACAGUGGAAGGCGUCCUGCCCCUGAUGGAGGCCGCCUCCAUGCUGCAGUACCCCAGGCUGCUUGAGGCCUGCUCCUCCUUCCUCCAGAGCCAGCUGGCCCCCAGCAACUGCCUGGGCAUGAUCAGACUCUCUGAAAUCUUCAGCUGUGAGACCCUCAGGAAGAAAGCCAGGGAGGUGGCCCUGACGUACUUCCCAGAGGUGGCCGCAUCGGCUGAUUUGAAGGAGCUCUGGGCCUUGGAACUGAUAGACUACCUGGGAGAUGAUGGGCUCUGUGCGGAGGAGGAGAAGGUGUUCGAGGCCCUCAUGGUUUGGAUCAAGCAUGACCUCCAGACCCGGAAGCAAUACAUGCAGGAACUGUUCAAGCUGGUCAGGCUGCAGUACGUCCACCCAGCCUUCUUCUACCACUUCAUCGCCAACGACGCCCUCCUGCAGUCCUCGCCCCCCUGCCAGACCAUCUUGGAGACAGCCAAGAGGCAGAUAUUUUCUCCGUACAGCACCACCAGUGCCCCGGGCCUCCAACCUCUGUGGCAUGUCCCCCCAAGAAACUCUUACCAAGACUUCCUCAUCCUCUUGGGUGGAAGGAAGGACAACCAGCAGACCACCAGGGACGUCCUGCUGUACGACGGACAGACCGGCCAAUGGCAGAGCCUUGCCAAACUCCCGGCCCGGCUGUAUAAGGCCUCGGCCGUCACCUUGCACCACAGCAUCUACCUGCUGGGAGGCAUGGCGGUGGACGCGGGGAACAGUGUGCCCAGUCCCAAGGUCUAUAUCUUCUCCCUGAAAUUCAAUCAGUGGAGGUUGGGGCAGCCCAUGCUGGCAGCCCGCUACUCCCACAGAAGCACUGCCCACAAGAACUUCAUCUUCUCCAUCGGGGGGAUUGGAGACGGACAGGGGGUCAUAGGCUCCAUGGAGAGAUAUGACAGCAUCUGCAACGUCUGGGAGAGGAUGGCCAGCAUGCCACUGGGGGUCCUCCACCCUGCAGUCGCUGUGAAAGACCAAAGACUCUACCUUUUUGGGGGAGAGGACAUCAUGCAGAACCCUGUGCGCCUUAUCCAGGUUUAUCACAUUUCCAGAAACACGUGGUUCAAAAUGGAGACGAGAAUGAUCAAGAAUGUAUGUGCCCCUGCCGUGGUACUUGGGGAGCGGAUUGUCAUCGUGGGAGGUUACACAAGGAGGAUCCUUGCUUAUGACCCUCAGUCCAACAAAUUUGUCAAAUGCGCAGACAUGAAAGACCGGAGGAUGCACCACGGGGCCACGGUGAUGGGGAACAAGCUCUACGUGACGGGUGGGCGGCAUCUGACCACGGACUGUAGCAUCGAGGACUCGGCCUCCUUCGACUGCUACGACCCUGAGACCGACACCUGGACGUCCCAGGGGCAGCUGCCUCAUAAGCUCUUUGACCAUGGCUGCCUCACUCUCCGGUGCAUCCCUCACCCCUCCACCACCCCCUGA